AUGAGUGAAGAACAAGUGGAAGGCAAAAAUAGGUGAGAUUUUCGAUAAUAUUUGAUCUGGAAUUUAGAAUCAAUGGCAGGGAUGUUUUAGUUAUGAAAAAUACGUAGAUAAACAAACUACAACUUGUUUUCGAUAUUAUACUUGCCCUUACUAAUGAUUAUUUCUAUUUUGCUGGAGUUAUUUAUCUUAUCAUGUGUGUUUUGUCGUUUCGACAGUCUGCGCUCUUAUCUGUUCGAACAAAAAUUGGAGGGAACAUAGACUCUGGUUGUUUGAUGGUUCUAAACCAUGAUGUUUCUUAUUUAAAAUCCCUCGAUUUUAUGUGAAACUAUUUUUUAGACACAAAAUGCACGCCCAUCCCGUGGUUUACAUCCUAGUGGCUCUGUUUGGAUCAGCGUCGUGGCUGUCAACCAAUUCCGUUUGGUUGGAAUUGUCGUUGCUAACACAGAAGCUACCCGAAGGAUGGUCGUUGCCUUCAUACCUGGCGUUGAUUGUGCAAGUAAGUCAUUUUAAUAUUAUUUUCUUGGCUUUUAGAUGGUGUUCAGAUUCUCCCAACGAUUUGACAAAUGUUUUUUUUGUCAUCUCGAUAUUACCCUACCCUUUUGUAGAUAGCCUGCAUUGGGCCGUUAAUCUACACUCUGAUCCUCAAAGGUGCCAAAGUGAAUCUCCCCACUCCUCCAUUGGUCUUCGGACUUCUGGUUAUGUGCACAGUCGCCGAGUUUUGUCUUGCUUUCUUCUGGGAUGUCACCGUGGAAGUGUUCGGGAAGUCCCAUUCGGUUGCUCUGUUUGUUCUGAUGUUCCUGAUGGCUUUGGUGAACUCCACAUCUAAUGUUCUUUUUAUGCCUUACAUGGCGACUUUCCAUCCGUCUUAUUUGACUGCGUAUUUUGUUGGAAUGGGGUUUUCUUCGCUUUACCCAAGCGUUGUUAGCCUACUGCAAGGUAAAUUUUUCGGUUUUAUUUUGAAAUUUAGGUUAUUGUCUGUCCGUUGACUUUGAAAUCUCGAUUCGUCAAUGACUACUUUACAUUUUGUCGAGUUUUAGGUACCUCUUCAUACGAAUGCUCAUAUGAUUUAUCCAAAAACUCAUCAUAUCCAGUCUUCUCAUCGCCACGAUUUCAUAUCCAAGCCUACACAUUGCUAAUGGCCAGUUGGAUGGCCAUGACGUUGAUUGCCUUCUCAUUACUUCACUUCUGCCAUGACUAUUUUGCAAAUCUCGGCAAGGAUCAGGAUGAUUUUACCGAUGGGCCAAGAGAAAGCAGCCCUUUGAAGGUAGGGGUUUUGAAACAUUUCUGAGGAUAUAAAGUUGGCAAAACAUAGGGAAUCGCAAGGAUUUUAGAUAAAGAAGUUCAAGGUUUCUCAUGGGUAAUAUAAAAAUCUGUUGGGAACUUUGUAUUUAUACACUGAACCGAAGCGUAAUCAUUUCAGAGCCAAGAAGAGACGAUUUCCCGUCCCACCACCGAAGAAUCGACCGGUCGAUCCGCCCUUUCCCGCUUUGUCAUCCUCUCUUUUUGCCUGGCUUUCAUCUGCGCCCAAAUGAAUGCCGUGGUCCCUUCGGUGCAAAGCUAUGCGACAAUGUCCUACUCUCAGCUCACAUAUCACUUGGCAUUGGCCUUAUCAUCACUGGCACAUCCAGUAGCCUCGUUUCUGCCAAUGUGGAUCCAACCGAAGGGUUUGAAGGAUUUGGUGGGCGUUACGGUAGCCGGAACGGCGGGAUGCACUGCAAUUUUUGUGCUGGCGCUGCAAUCGCCAAAGCCCUGGGGCGUCGGCACGGUUUAUGGACCGGUUUUUUCGGUGAGUAGGAGAAAAAAAGAAAUUUUUUUUUUGGGAAUUCUGACAUGAGGCGAUUUUGAAAGUUUUGCCGAAAAUACGGUGUUACUUUUUUUUUAAUUUUCUGUUUUGGGUAGUUUGAUUUAACGAGGAAAGUACUUCUAUGGGGUAUGGAGUUACAGGUUGUGACAUCUAUUAAUAAUUCGCAAAAUUUUUCUAAUUCAGAAGAUGUAAAAAUCAGCUGCCAAAAUUUUAUGUGUAAGGGUGAAACAUCCUCAGGACCUUUCUCGCAACACCACACAAAUUCCCCUUUUUUAUAUUGGAACUACUAAUUAAGGUGUAGUAUGAAUCAAAUUUGAUAUUUUAAGGCUUGUCAAGAUACCAGAGUUUACUGUAACUCAAAAACAAGCCUUUGAUUUGAUAAGAACUUGGUCAAAAAAGCAUUUGUUUGGUGUUGCGAGAAAAGUCCUGAGGAUGUUUCACCCUUACACAUCAAAUUUUGGCAGCUGAUUUUUACAUCUUCUGAAUUAGAAAAAUUUUGCGAAUUAUUAAUAUAUGUCACGACCUGUAACUCCAUACCCCAUAGAAGUACUUUCCCUGUAAAAAGUAAUUGAUCACCAUGCUUCAGGUCCUAGUUUCGAUCUUCACAGCCCUCCUCCACGCCUAUGGCCGCACAAUCUUGACCUCGGUGAUCCGAGAAGAUGCCCCUCACAACGAAAGCCGGCUCUUUUGGUGCGGCGUCUUCAUGCAAGUCGGGUCCUUCAUUGGCUCUCUAAUCAUGUUCCCGAUUGUUAAUGUUGCCGGGUUGUUUGAGUCAGCUCCAUUGUGCUGA